AGGCACUCCAACAUGAAAGUGCCAAAGGUCAACAAAAAGGGCGUGUCCGUGCGAUCACGCGCUGCUCGUCGCGGUGCUGAACCUGCUCGCGCAGACCUCGAGUCGAUCAAGCCACCAAAGGAAGAAACAGACUACAAGCCAUGGCUGCACAACCCGCAAAAUGCUGGCAUUCAGAAGAAGCAGAAGAAGAAGCAGCUGACCACGGCGCAAAAAAAGCGACAGGAGAAGGCUUUGGAAAAGGCGGAUGCAAUCACUUCAAAACACGAGAAGAAGGUUGAAGAUAGCAAGAAGAGGAGCGCAAGAACACAGGCGCGAGCGAAGCAGUGGGAGGAAUUGAAUGACAAGUUAGAGGCCGAUAAGGUAGCCAGGGAGGAAGCGAAGAAGGCGGUAAAGUCGAAGUCAACCCACAGCACGACAGCUGCCCUGACGGAGCGCAUUGGAGACGAAGUCAUGCCAGAUCUCGAAGCCACACUCCCUGUUGGCAGCACAGGCGCGACGGAAGACUUGGCUAUGCCAACAGCGCCCGAAGGGGCACCUGAAUGGGCGUCCCAGCAUGCGCAAACGGGAGAUUUUGACGAAAUCACCUGAGCCUGGGCAGCUGAAGCAUUGUACAACCUACUUCCUAGUAUAAACACGAGAGCUGCAAGACAGCGGACACGUUCGUGCAGCGAGUCUCUCGCAACGUCCUGCAAGGUCCCGCUGCAGGUCAGCUCGCACUGCACUCAGUGCACUGGGCACUGCAAGCACGCGGCAGCACAUGUAUGUUGUGCAACAAUAAGAAAGCCUUGUUUACGCUGCAAAACGCGAACUAGGUGCAGAGAUAGGUGGAGCUGUAGCACUUAUAUUAUUGAUGAGGGG